AUGGGCAACUCGCCAGACAUGACCACCACACAGGUAAGGGACAUGGAGCCCUCCAUGGAACCGGUCCUCACCCGUGUAGUCACUUCUGAUGCCCAUCCGCUGCCCGUCGAUAUUCUGGGGCCUGCCGGGGCGGAGGUGACUCUCGGCAACAAGAAAAGAUACAUCAUCACUUCCCUCAUCCUCCUCUGUAAUCUGACCCAGUUCAUCUCCAUGUUCUCAACAGUAGCAGGCGGUUUCGAGUUCAGCAGACAGCUUGGACGACCGGUCGGCCCAGGCCAGGCGAACUGGAUGGCCUCAGCGUAUUCCCUUGCGCAGAGUGCCUUUGCCCUCGUCAGCGGCCGGCUCGGCGCCAUAUACGGACACCAGAGGCUAAUAAUGCUGCUGGGAGGAGCCAUCAUCAUCCUGUUCUCCAUAGCCAACGCGUUCUGCCCGACAUACGACUCCUUCGUUGCCGUACGAGCUCUUACUGGGGUCGGAGGAGUGCAUGCUUCGGUGCAAUUGUUUUUGCCAAGCUCCAUCACUCGGGUGGGGAACUCCGUAUGGGAGAGCCGGUUCGCGCAAGACCCCGUCAUGCCGCUUUCUCUUUUCAAAGCGCCGAGCUUCGGAGCCCUGGCGGUCGCGGUGCUAUUCAUCUACAUGUCCGUGGGCAUCUGCCUCUGGUACAUGAUCGCCUGGCAGCAGAUCAUCCGGGGCUGGACGGUGCUCCAGGUCGCCUUCGGCUGGGCGCCCUACGCCAUCGGGGCCUCCAUGUCCGUGGGCCCGGCCGCGUGGCUGAUCCCGCGGUGGGAGGCGCAGUACAUACUGGCCAGCGGCUGCCUGGCGUCGAUAAUCGCCCUGGCCCUCCUGUCGUGCAUGCCGGAGCAGGAGACGUACUGGGCGCAGGUGUUCCCCGCCACGUUCCUCGGCAGCUUCUGCGCCGACUUCUUCUACGUCGCCGCCCAGAUCAUUGCCAGCAACAGUGUUGGGAAGCGGGAGCAGGGGGUGGCCGGGAGCCUGAUUGGUACGCUGAAUCUGUAUGGCAACAGCCUUGGGCUGGGCUUUGCUGGUACAGUGGAAGCGCAGGUGGCCAAGAGUGCCGGGGAGGUGAUGAGCUUUCGUGCAGCUCUGUGGUUCGGGGCCGCUCUUGGGGUAAUUGCUAUGGUAUUGGACUUGGUGUUCGUCAGGAUGCCUAAAAGCAACCAAGAGGGCUGGAAGUCAUCUGGGUCCUCCGUGGAACGCGGCAUUGAUGCUGUUGGGCUGGCUGAAGUUAGAGGCACAAGAGAGGUUUAA